UUUACCGGAAGUUGCUCCUCGAAGAGGAAGGAGAGCGCAAAAUGCGCCGCAUGCGAGUGGUCGAGCCUUUUAAGAUGAGAUGGCUGCUAUUGGAGUCCACUUCGGUUACACAAGCGCGUGUGUAGCAGUAUUUAAGGAUGGGCGGGCUGAUGUGGUGGCUAAUGAUGCAGGAGACAGAGUGACUCCGGCUGUGGUGGCCUACAGAGACAAUGAACAGAUUGUAGGUAUUGCAGCAAAGCAAGGACAAGUCUGCAACUCUGCCAACACAGUUGUUAAAGUGAAACAAGUGCUGGGGAGAAGCUUUGAUGAUCCAGAGAUACAGACUCACAGAACACAGACCAAGUGUCAGGUGGUCAACAGAGAAGGAAGGCCUCAUUAUGAGAUUACAGCAGGAGAACACCCAGAGUAUGUUGCUCCAGAGGAUGCUGCCAAACUCAUUUUCAGCAAAAUGAAAGAAACAGCUCAGUCAGCUCUGGGCUCUGAUGUCACAGAGGCAGUCAUAACAGUCCCAUUUGAGUUUGCACAUGUUCAGAAGCGUGCUCUGAGGGAGGCAGCUGAAGCUGCAGGGUUCCAUGUGCUGAGGCUCAUCCAUGAGCCUGCUGCUGCUCUGUUGGCCUAUGACAUCGGACAAGACGGUGGGGAGUCUGGGCGGAGCCAUGUCCUGGUGUAUAAGCUGGGUGGAACGUCCCUGAGUGUGACAGUUCUGCAGGUCAGUGGAGGCAUAUUCCAGGUUGUCAGCACCCACACUGACCACAGCAUUGGAGGAGAGAGCUUCACCCAGGCUUUGGCCCAGCACCUUGCCACUGAGUUCAGACGCACCUUUAAGCAUGAUGUGAGCAGUAAUGCUCGAGCAAUGCUAAAGCUGAUGAAUGGAGCAGAGAUGGCCAAACACUCACUGUCCUCAUUAGGAUCAGCCAACUGCUUUGUUGACUCCCUGCACAAUGGUAUUGACUUUGAAUGCAGUGUCUCUAGGGCCCGAUUUGAGCUGCUCUGCUCUUCACUCUUCAACAAGAGCAUCAAGCCAAUCAGACCCCUGUUGGAGAAGGCUGGACUUUCCACCAGCGACAUUAACAAGGUGGUUCUUUGUGGUGGUUCAGCAAGGAUUCCUCGUCUCCAGCUGAUGAUCCGUGAAAUGUUUACUGACGUAGAGCUUCUCAGCUCAGCACCUCCUGAUGAGGUCAUUGCUGUGGGAGCAGCCCUUGAAGCAGGCUUACUGAUAGGCAGAGAUGGCCUUGCCCCAGAGGAGGAGUCUGCCACAGUGGAUGUUUCUGCCACCGACAUACUAGUAAAGGAGGUGGAUGAAAAUGGAGCCGAGGUCUUCACUGUUCUCCUUCCGUCGGGCACGCCCCUCCCAGCUCGCAGGCAUCACAUGCUGAGUGGAGGCGGGAAACUAUCCUCCCUUUGUCUGGAGAUUUAUCAGAGAUUUGUCCCGGAGCAGCCAGAAAAGCUAGCUAAGAUUAUCUUGAGAAACCUGCAACACAGAGAGGAGAACCAUAACAUUGACACCGUGGUGACCAUGAAAAGGGAUGGCUCUGUUAAUAUUUCCUGUGGAGAACAGAGCAGUGGAAGGCCAGAGGUCAUCAGCAUAGCAGCUACAUCAUGAAGCCACUGAUCUGCAAUUCAAACAACCAGCAUACACUCAUCCAUGCUCUGGAACAAUGCGACACUUCAGAAUCUUUAGGUAGUUCUGGACCUUGUUGGAAUCACGACGAAAGCAGUAGAGGAGGUCAUACUCUUUCAUCAGUCGCCACUCAGCACUGUCGGAUGAUACCGAGGCCUCAGGAGAAUCUAGGCUGGUGACAGAGUUACUUAUUAUCCCCAGCUUCUGCAUCUGGAGCAGAGAGGACAUACUUGAGCUUCAUACAAAUAUGGCAAAUGCAUUCACAAGAAAGAAGCCAUAACUUUGUAUCUGAGUAAACACAUAUCCUCACAGUAGUCAUGUUAUUUAACCCAGCUGUUGUUGAUUUAAAUGUGGUGCACAAAAUAAUGAAAAAACACUUGUCAGUAUAAAGGGUCAGCCUCUUGAGUUUUAAGAGA